CUGCGGCCUCUGCCUCCUCUCAGGCUGCUGCGUGCGGGACUCUUCCGGGCAGCGGAAGGGAAGAACUGCCCGUGCCCCGAGCGAAGCUGCCCGUUUCUCACGGAGCCUGGCAAGGAAGGGCUGCAGCGGGAGCGUCUUGGCGUUUCGUGCUUCGUCAGCCCAGCAGUAUUUUGGUUUUGAUUCCGUCUUGCUCCUACCUGUUCCUUGAGAAGAGGUACCGUCACGCCAUGUCUCGCUACAGCUUCCACAACCUCUUGGACUGGAUGUAUGGCGGGGUGGACCCCAGCUUUGCCGGCAAUGGAGGGCCGGAAUGCGCCGCCUUUCUCUCCGGCCGGCAGCGCUUGCUGGAGAGUUUGGUCUUCCUCAGUGUGGGUACCGUGGAAAUCCUCGUGUCCCUGUGGAAGCUCAGGCAGCAGCAUGUCCGGGAGCUGGAGAAUCUGCUGCAGCAGCCCCAGACUAAGCAGGAGAGCGUGGGCAAGAAUGUGUUGCUGGUGCUGCUCUGCCUCAUCUUUGGGCUGGAGGUGGGGUUCAAGUUUGCCACCAGGACUGUCAUUUACCUCCUGAAUCCCUGCCACUUGGUGACCAUGAUGCAGAUUUUUCUUCUUGCCUGUCCCCCCUGUCAGACUGCAAUGAUUGUCUUCAGGUUGCAGAUGCAUAUGCUGAAUGGGGCCCUCUUAGCAUUGCUGUUUCCUGUUGUUAAUACACGUCUGCUUCCAUUUGAAACAGAGAUUUAUUACAUCCAGCAUGUGAUGCUCUAUGUUGUGCCCAUCUAUCUGCUGCAGAAAGGAGAAGCAAACAUGCAGCCUACCAAGAUGGCCCCAGCUUGGAAUGAUCUCAGCUGUCUUGGGCGUGUUUUUGAGAAUGAGAUCAGUGUCAGACUGGUACUUGGACUAAAUUUCUGUGUCUACACCCCUGAACCGCUCUGCAAUUUCUGGUGGGCUCUUUUAUCCACGGGGUUUAUGUUUGUGUAUCAUUUUAGCAUCUUGCAGAUCCUGGGAUUGGUUACAGAAGUGAAUUUGAACAACAUGUUGUGCCCAGCCAUCUCAGAUCCUUUUUAUGGGCCCUGGUACCGAAUCUGGGCAUCUGGACAUCAGACUGUCAUGACCAUGACUCAUGGGAAGCUCAUAAUCCUGCUGUUUCAGAGUGCUGUCCCCACCUUCAAAUGGAGCAUGGACUUACUUAAACUCCCAGCUAAGAAAAUAGACUGAGAUUUCUCCCCACAGAGUAGUUAAUACAGGAAGCAGAGAUACACUGGAAAAUAGAGGGGGAUGAGAGGACAACGGCUUUAUACUUCUUCCCAUAGUUUUUUGCCUCAAAACCAACUCUGUAAUGAAGUGAGGUUUUUUUACACCUGCUGUUUCUCACUGCCUAUUGCCAAUGGCAAAAAUUCGUGGCCUUAUUCUGGGAAAAGUUUGUGCUUUAUACAUUUUGUAUUGAUUAUAGUAGAAUCUUGCUAAGCCACCAUUUAAAAUUAGGCCAGGACUUGUGCACAUUUGAGCAAGGAGAGUGGCAGUGCUACCUCGUUUUGACUCAUUUUCCAUUAAAGAAUAUUACACUUCUAGGGUAGGAAAUAAUGCUGAAUUGUAGCAUUCCACUGAUGUGAAUCAACAUGCUGAACUGCAUCAUUCUGGCUUAACUCUUAAGGCUUGAAUGUUCCAAAAUGGUCACAGGAAACUGUCCAUACUUAAUCUUCCAGUCAGAAGUACAAACCAGUGGGGUUCUACUGUAUUUUCUUUAAGCUGGUUGAAAAUGUUGGGGAACAAUAACUCAUUUAAAAAAAGAAAAAAUUAAUCAACUACUUAAUUUCUAAGUGGAUAAGUACCUAUCUAGUGAAGUCCCAUCAUUAUGUUUUGGAGAUGCUUUUGUUUUGGUGAGAGGAAAAAAAGAAUGUUGAAAUAAUUUCAAAAGACCAUGUUAUGUAUAGGCCAUAAUAAGAUACUGCAUCCACUGUUCUGUCCUGACUUCGAACAAAACGUGUUUUUUUCACUUACCUUAGACCAGAGAAGGAGUGGAGAUACAAAGUACAGUGUAAAUAUCAAGGCUUUUUUUAUACUUAGUAGCUUUUGAAACAUUCCUGCUGUGUUUAUUCUGACCCUCACUGACCAGACUGGCUGGUGAAGAAACCAAAUGAAAUUCUGUUCCCCCCUACAGCUCUGCUAUAUCAUGUGUACUGAUUUUAAAAUACCGGUAUAAAAAGGAAUGUCACAUCAGUGUAGGUCUCUAUUGCAAAGAAUAUGUUCCAGUUUAGCAGCGUGACCCAUCAGUAUGUCUUCUGGAGAACCAGGAUGUAGAUGGGCAGAAUGAUCAACUGUGUGUACCUGCUCAAAUUUUGCAGGAGGAGAAACCAUUGGGCAGAAAGAUGGGAAAUCCUGACUGUGUUCUUCCAGAAUUGUGAGUCCAUUAUGCAGACUGUUGUGUUUCAGGGCUGCAGGCUUUUGUUAUACAGAAGUUUGUGGGAAUUUAUAGAUUCAUUGUGUUGUCAAAGCUAUGACUUGUAAGAUAAACCAAGACCAUCAUACCUCCUCCAGCUAGAUCACCUGAAGGUAUGUGCUGAAGUAAAGGUACAGAUGCUUACACCUCAGGAAGCAAAAGUAAGUUGACUUUUUUUUUUCCUUAAAAAAGAAAAAAACUUUCUUUGGUGAGGGAACAAACUAUUCAAGCAUUUCUACUCCAUGCCAUUAAAAAAGGUAACCUCAAUCAGAUAUACAUUGUCCCAUAUUCUGAUUUACAAACUGUUUUCUGGCUUUCUUCCAUGCCUUGCUCUCUCUCUCUCUCUCUAUGUGUGUGUAUAUAUACAUAUAAAAAUAUAAAUAUACUGUAUGCUCACAACUUGAGAAUAUGCAGCAUGUACCUAAACUAUCCCUCGGGCAUAUACAGCUGGUGUUACUAUUACAACAGAAGGACUUUAGACAAAUUUUGCAAAUACUAUUUAACAUUAUUAUUUGCUUAACUUAUGGUUUUUGGUUCUUUUUUUUAAAAAAAGUCAUUUUUUAAAAGCAUCUUCCCUUUUUUUCUCCCAUCAGGAUAUUGUAGUUACUGGAAACACUUCUCUAAGUAGGAGCCUUUUCUUUUUUCCUUUUUUAAAUUAUAGCAUUCCCUAUCUGUAAUCAUCUGCUUCAGGGCAUUCCAAACAAGUAUAAAGCAGCUGCUGUUUGCCACUAUUGACUGCCUCUGGUCAACUAAAACUGCAGGAGCAUUUAAAUGAGCUCAGGUGUCAGUGCAGGCUCUUUGCAUGGAAAGCAGAAUUUGCAAGUUCUUCCGGUUGACUUAAAAUGCAGUAGCAGGAAUGUGAACAGAGCUGACAGGGCCACCUCUGGGCAAUGGAAAGGGAUUCCUGGUGCAGAACUGCUGGAAGUGGUUGCCCCUGCCCUCUCUCCCUUGCUGCUGGUUAUUGGGCCCACCUGUGCUUUUCCCUCAUACGCUGCUCCAGUUGUUUUGAGUCACACAAAUUCAGAGUGUAAUUUGAUGACAUGGAGUUUGCUGAUGGAGCCACUCAUCAGAGCCUGUGUGGCAUUUGUACUGUCCUUAUGUCCUAAACCUUAUGUGGGCACGUUCUUGGAGCUUGUUGAAUCUUUCAUAUCAAUUUAAGCUGCGAAAAUGUCUCGCUAAACAAGGCAAAAAAGUAGAGAAUACCAACUAGUGCACUCAGUAAAGAUUUUAGAAGUAUUGGAGCUGCAGUGAAGGAAUCAAAUGGUGCAGCUGGAGUCAGAUGGGAACGCAGGCAGUGCAACCUUCACGUUUUCAACAUGAGCUGCUGCUUUUUUGUUGUGCAAUAUUAGUGAGGCUGGUUGAGUAAGUACAGAAUCAUAUAGGUAGGAGAAAAUGCUUGGCUUGAUGAACUCACAGGUUAACCCAGUACUGCCAAGCACACCACUAACCCACAUCCCCAAGUGCCACACCUGCAUGUCUUUUAAAUCCCUCUAGGGUUGGUGACUCCACCACUUCCCUGAGCAGCCUGUUCAAGGUUUGAUAACCCUUCUGGUAAAGAAGUUUUUCCUAAUGUCCACUUUCAAGGUGCCACUUGAAGCUGUUUCCUCUUGACAUGUUGCUUAUUUCCUGGGAGAAGAGGCUGACUCCCACCUUCCUUUUAGACAGUUGCAGUCACAAGGUCAACCCUGAGCCUCCUUUUCCCCAGGCUAAACACUCUCAGCCAUUCCUCUGAUGUGUGUUCCAGACCCUUCCCCAGCUCUAAUACUUUACUUUGGAUGUGCUCCACAUCCUCAGUGUCUUUCCUGUGACAGGCCCAAAACUUAAAAUUAUUUCCUCCUUCCUCAUGCCCUUCUUUGAAGGCUUUUAGAGCUUCAUUUUGAUUUAUGGUGACCCACCACUCAAAACUGCCUAAGUGUAGCUGAGAUAGGCUUCACAGAAGGGGAAGAAGGGCAGGUCGGAAUGGGAGCAGAAAAGGAAAAAACUUUUGAAGCAAUUGUUGUGGAACUCCACAUCCUUCGUUACUCACCUAGCUCUAGUAUCUGUUGGGAAUGUGCAUUAGCCAGAGCUUGCUAUAUAUGCAGGAAAUGGGAAAGCAGAGUACUUAAUCUCUAUAGCAGUUAUUCGUUGCUUUUCCUGGCAGAGGCUGAUUUUUCUUUUCCGUGAAUGGUUUAUUUUAUAGGGAGUUACAUUAUACAGACUUCUUUGGUUGCUUUAUGCUGGAAAUGAAAGCACAAAACUCUACUACUCUUCUUGGGAGGCAACUGCAUUCUCUCCUGGGGUGUUACACACUCAGUCCAUGUCAAAACAUCUUGAAGCCGUUGCCCAGUACCUGGUGAUGAGAUUUAACACUGCUGCAGUGCAAUGCACAAUUGAAAGGGUUGUCCUAGGCCUCCUGGUCAAAUGUGCCCAAAUGUGUCAUGGCACUGGGAAUUUCAGCAGCAGUGGCAGUAGCUGUGGGGCAGAGCAGGAGUGGGGCUGCACAGCCAAGACCCACUGUUCCCAGCAGCAGCAGCUGAAGCAGAGUGUAAAAUCUCACCCCAGAGUGACUUCAUUUGCUGGCCAGAAUACCAAAAAAAAUUCUUGUGCAGUGCCACUGCCUGAGAGAUGCUGGUAUGGGUUAAGGGGUCCGAAUGCCCUCCAAGUGUUUGUAUUGUAGGCAUUUCAAAAGAAACAAAGAGUUAAGCAAACUCAUUACUCCAGCUACCACUGGCUUCAUUUCCCUCCACGUGUACCCAUGAAUGAAGCAUUAUUAGCUGUAAUAAACCUGUUUACUGAUGGGUUUGUUUAUGCAACCUUGAAGUAAGUAGCCCUGACAAAACAUUUCUGCCCCCACCACCCUGUGCCAUGGCUUCAGCUGUCCAGGAUGCCUGCAGUGCAAUUUUUCCAGGGAUUCAGACACUGUACAGUGUCUGAGCUGGAUCUAUUUCUUCACGUUCUUCUUUUAAGCACCUCAGCUGAAUUUGCAUCUUUUUUUCUCUUGAAAGGUGCAAAUGAAUAGCUCUUGCCCAUGUGUUUAUAAAUCGAUGAAAAGCCACAGUCAAUGAGCAUGCACCUGGAGCUGGUUUUGGUUCAGCUUCUUAGUUCAAAGAUGCUGCCCAUAAGCAAAGGUUAUGUGUGCUUGAGCAGCUGCUGCCUUGGUGAGUCUGGGAAGCAGGAACAGUCAGUCCAUUUGCAGUCCAAUCAAGCCUUGAGGUCAGAGAGUACCUAAUUGUAGGUUUCUGUUUCUGGCCACAGAGUUGUGAUGCUUCUGUAUAUUUGAAAUAAUUUUACAAAGUUCAAUUGUAUUUUUCAGAAAUGGCUAUUUACAUCUGUUAACUGACUGUACUUUUAUGUCUAAGUUUUACAUAUGGAUCUAUGCAUCCACAGCUAACGGAAAGUGGAGUUGUGGUGUUUUCUUCUGUGUUGCAAUUGUUUCAGUCUAGGUGGAUUAGGAAUCAAAUUCAUCAACAAGUUAGCCAAAGCUCUGAAAAAGCCAAAACCCAGGAAGAGGGCGUAUGUCAGCCCUGGUGGGAGGUUCCUGCAGGCAGACAGGUCAGCUUUGGUGUUUUCAGUUCUAAAGUGACAGGACUCAUAACAAAUCUGUUGAUUGUGAUCUCGUACUUCAAGUGAUAUUGCUGUAAAUAUCUCUUGCAGCUGUUGGCGUAACUUAGUCAAAGCCAAGCUGUUUUAUAAAUAAUUUUAUUUUUCUUCAGGGUCAAUUUUCUACUUUUAAAAACUAUUUAUGCAUUUCCUGAGUCAUUAUUCCAAUGCUGCAGAGGACACAAUAGGCAGAGCAGUGACCACACCCCACUCUCCCCGACCAUGCUGUGCCAGGGGCUGGGCUGGAGCACUGGGGGGCUGGAGGAACCUGCAGGGCUGCUUACCCCAUGCUCUAGUCUCAGCAUGGCAGGGACAUGAAUGGGUUGGCAAGGGCAAGGAUGAAUGUGGAGAGGCUCAACUGCCACAUAUGCUGUUAGUUCUGAAUAAUUUGUAAGAGUGUUCUAAAUUUUGUAAAUUUUGUAAUGUGCUAAACUUUGGUUAUGAGAUAACAUUUAUAAAUAAGGGUUAAUUUGUGUACUUGUUUUCAUAUUUUGCUCUGGUAAGCUUUUUUGUUGUUGUGCCCUAAGUCCAGAUCAUUGGACAAAUAGUUGUUAAAUCUUGGCAUUAAAGCAAAUAAAUGCAUUUUACUGGAUA